AAUUGUAAACAUGCUUACUUAACGUAUUCCGGCAUAAGACAAUUUUGUCGCAUGCAUCACAAUUAAAAUAAAAACUAAAUAUAAUUAAUUGGCAAAAUGAUAUCAAAAGUUACUAAUGAUCAAAAAGAGUGUUUGUUAUCCUACAUGGAGGAUCAUAGUGGUUUUGCUGCUCACAAGUUCAUGGGACUUGAUGGUACAGCCCAACGACAUGAGCAAUGGAAUAAAUUGAAGGUUAUGUUGGAUAGAUUGGGGCCAGAAAAAAGCAUUGAAUCAUGGUCAAAGCUCGACACUAUAAUGCAGAAAAAAAAUAAGAAAAACAGAAAAACUGGAAACCAUGCAGAUCAAAUAAUAGAGAUUAAUUGUCAACACGAAAGAGUACUCAAAAUUGUAGGAAUUUUAUCAUGGGAAUGAUCUUGCGCUUAUACCAGUAAUGGGCGUUUCUUCAAGAAAAUUAAAAUAUAAGGAAGCUGUAUUGUUAAAACCAGAUGAAAUCACUGUUCGUUUACAGCAAAUUCAUGAAACUAUCGCAGAAAUUGAAACAUCAGAUUUAACAUCUAAUAAAAAAGAUGGGAUGCAACUCAACGAACAACGAACGAAGCAACACCUCAGAAUGUGUAUCAGACGGCAGUUUUAACAAAUCUUAGCCGAAUUUUAAAAGCAGUGCAGGAUUUGAAAUAACAAAUUUGAAAUAAUUUUAAAUAAAAUAAUUUCAUUUAAA